AUGAUUCAUCGAAAUAAUGAGUCACCAUUGAUAUCGACACAUCUGACAAAUGUUCGGGAGUUCCUCUAUGCAAUCCUUUUCCUUCUUCUUGUUGCUGCAUAUCUCGCUUGUACACGUCUUCUCUUUGUUUUCGGGGCCUCUAGUGAGUUACAGACAGAGUUCGAAAAGGUCAAAUCUUUGAUGAUUCCAUCAUCUAUGAUUGAGUUGCGAAAACUUCUGGAUAGGUAUCCUACAUCUGAACCGAAUUCUUUCUGGUUAAAGAAUCUCUUUCUAGUUGCUCUGAAACAAUUAGGAGAUUCUCUAGGUGGCAACAUGCUAUUGGGUGGUGGUCCCGCUUAUAGGGUCAAAUCAAUACGCUCUAAGAAGAAAUAUUUGAAUAUAAAUCUCAUCGAUAUCAUCGAUCUCAUAAGUAUCAUACCAAAUCCCAUCAAUCGAAUCACUUUUUCGAGAAAUACGAGACAUCUAAGUCAUACAAGUAAAGAGAUCUAUUCAUUGAUAAGAAAAAGAAAAAACGUGAACGGGGACUGGAUUGAUGAUAAAAUAGAAUCCUGGGUUGCAAACAGCGAUUCGAUUGAUGAUGAAAAAAGAGAAUUCUUGGUUCAGUUCUCCACCUUAACGACAGAAAAAAGGAUUGAUCAAAUUUUAUUGAGUCUGACUCAUAGUGAUCAUUUCUCAAAGAAUGACUCUGGUUAUCAAAUGAUUGAACAACCGGGAGCAAUUUACUUACGAUACUUAGUUGACAUUCAUAAAAAGUAUCUAAUGAAUUAUGAGUUCAAUACAUCCUCUUUAGCAGAAAGACGGAUAUUCCUUGCUCAUUAUCAGACAAUCACUUAUUCACAAACUUCGUGUGGGGCUAAUAGUUUGCAUUUCCCAUCUCAUGGAAAACCCUUUUCGCUCCGCUUAGCCUUAUCCCUCUCUAGGGGUACUUUAGUAAUAGGUUCUAUAGGAACUGGACGAUCUUAUUUGGUCAAAUACCUAGCGAAAAACUCCUAUCUUCCUUUCAUUACGGUAUUUCUGAACAAGUCCCUGGAUAACAAGUCUCAAGGUUUUGAUAAUAUUGAUGUUGAUGCUAGUGACGAUAGUGAUGCUAGUGACGAUAUUGAUGCUAGUGACGAUAUCCUUGAUAUGGAGCUGGAACUGCUAACUAGAAUGAAUGCGCUAACUAUGGCUAUGAUGCCUGAAGAUGAAGACCUACUUUAUAUCACCCUUCAAUUCGAAUUAGCAAAAGCAAUGUCUCCUUGCAUAAUAUGGAUUCCAAACAUUCAUGAUCUGGAUGUGAAUGAGUCGAAUUACUUGUCCCCAGGUCUAUUAGUGAACCUUCUCUCCAGGGAUUAUGAAACUAGAAAUAUUCUUGUUAUUGCUUCGACUCAUAUUCCCCAAAAAGUGGAUCCCGCUCUAAUAGCUCCGAAUAAAUUAAAUACGUGCAUUAAGAUACGAAGGCUUCUUAUUCCACAACAACGAAAGCACUUUUUCACUCUUUCAUAUACUAGGGGAUUUCACUUGGAAAAGAAAAUGUUCCAUACUAAUGGAUUCGGGUCCAUAACCAUGGGUUCCAAUGCACGAGAUCUUGUAGCACUUACCAAUGAGGCCCUAUCGAUUAGUAUUACACAGAAUAAAUCAAUUAUAGAUACUAAUACAAUUAGAUCCGCUCUUCAUAGACAAAUUUGGGAUUUGCGAUCCCAGGUAAGAUCGGUCCAGGAUCAUGGGAUCCUUUUCUAUAAGAUAGGAAGGGCUGUAGCACAAAAUGUACUUUUAAGUAAUUGCCCCAUAGAUCCUAUAUCUAUCUAUAUGAAAAAGAAAUCAUGUAACGAAGUGGAUUAUUAUUUGUACAAUUGGUACUUCGAACUUGGAACGAGCAUGAAGAAAUUAACGAUACUUCUUUAUCUUUUGAGUUGUUCUGCCGGAUCGGUCACUCAAGAUCUUUGGUCUCUACCCGGACCCGAUGAAAAAAAUGGGAUCACUCCUUAUGGACUCGUUGAGAAUGAUUCUGGUCUAGUUCGUGGCCUAUUAGAAGUGGAAGGCGCUCUGGUGGGAUCCUCACGGACAUGCAGUCAGUUUGAUAAGGAUCGAGUGACAUUGCUUCUUCGACCCGAACCAAGGAAUCCCUUAGAUAUGAUGCAAAAUGGAUCUUGUUCUAUCCUUGAUCAGAGAUUUCUCUAUGAAAAAGACGAAUCGGAGUCAUUUCGGGGCAAGCGGAUCGUUUAUGAUGAAGAGGAUGAGCUUCAAGAGAAUGAUUCGGAGUUCUUGCAGAGUGGAACCGUGCAGUACCAGACACGAGAUAUAUCUUCCAAAGAACAAGGCCUUUUUCGAAUAAGCCAAUUCAUUUGGGACCCUGCAGAUCCACUCUUUUUCCUAUUCAAAGCUCAGCCCUUUGUCUCUGUGUUUUCACAUCGAGAAUUAUUUGCAGAUGAAGAGAUGUCAAAGGGGCUUCUUACUCCCCAAAAAAAUCGUCCUACAUCUCUAUAUAAACGCUGGUUUAUCAAGAAGACGCAAGAAAAGCACUUCGAAUUGUUGAUUAAUCGCCAGAGAUGGCUUAGAACCAAUCGUUCAUUAUCUAAUGGAUCUUUCCGUUCUAAUACUCUAUCCGAGAGUUAUCAGUAUUUAUCAAAUCUGUUCCUAUCUAACGGAACACUAUUGGAUCAAAUGACAAAGGCAUUGUUGAGAAAAAGAUGGCUUUUCCCGGAUGAAAUGCAAAUUGGAUUCAUGGAACAGGAUAAGGAUUUCCCAUUCCUUAGCCAGAAAGAUAUGUGGCCAUGA